ACCUCUUCACAUGUGACUACAGUGACCAUUUUUGGAGGAAGAGCGGCACACUCGGUCACGGUUGGAGUUCUUGCCCUUUCGUUGGGAUUAGAGAUGUAAAAUAAUAAUUAUUCAACCGUUAAUGCGUUUUUUGUUUGUUACAUAUAUCUUCCCCAGUUUAUUUCAUCUCAUUGUUGAUCGGAUUUUUCCAACUUUAUUUUUCGUGUGGACAUUUUGAGAUACUUUUUUUUUUAUUUCGAAACUUUUAUUUCGAAAAUGUCAAAGUUUGCUCGCGUGUUUUUGUAGCCUACCUUCGUCUAUGGAAUCAUCUUGGGGAUAUUAGAAGUAGCCUAACGGACAUGGAGGAGUUGAUCAACUUUUUCCCACACAAGGUGCCUUUUGUUCGUGAAUAAGGCAGCGUGCUUUUGGAAGACUAGACCAUGAGGGAACCCAUCGAGCGCACAACUGUCGAUUAGGCGACUGGUUGCUUGAGAGCGUCAAAAUACAAAGAUGCUGUAAGACGGAGAUGGGCAGAGGGAGAUUUCCUCUCUGGGGAAAACACAGACUCAGUGUACUCCAAGUCCAACUUGUGAUUACCAACUAGUCCACGUCAACAAAUGAAGCAGCCGUCUAUACGAUGGAAAAUACAACAACGAACAACUGGAGAACUCUUUGAAUAGGCAGCGGGAGUCUGGAGGAGAGAAGAAGAUUGGCAGAAGCUAUUAAGAAGACAUUCCGUGACAGCAGCAGAUCCCGGCACAGCUACAUCACAGAAUGAGGAUGAAAUACACAAUCUCCCUUGUCUUCAUUGUGGCACUGGUCAUCAUUGAGAAGGAAAACAACAUUAUCUCACGGGUUUCAGACAAGCUCACCCCAAAGCAGACCCCCCAGACACCCCUCCAGCCCAGUAACUCUGCCCCAGCCUCAGCCCUGGGUCUCCUGAAGUUUAAUGGCUCCUCCUUCACUACCCUGAGCAAACUGGACCCUGUCUUCACCAUCAUGAAGAGACGCCUGGAGAACUACACCGAGCAGAGGUCAGAGGUCAUAGGGUCAGCAGGAAACAGAAAGCACAUCCUCCUAUUGGCCACUACGCGGACAGGCUCCUCCUUCGUGGGCGAGUUCUUCAACCAGCAGGGAGACAACAUGUUCUACCUGUUCGAGCCGCUGUGGCACGUCGAGAGGUCGCUGACGUUAGAGAGCGGCGGGACCAACGCCACAGCCGCCGCCCGGGCCUACCGGGAAGUCCUCCAGGGGCUCUUCCUGUGUGACUUCACCCCUCUGGAGAGCUUUAUUGACCCACUUCCUGUAGACCACGUUACCUCAGCCCUGUUCAGGAGAGAAUCUAGCAGCUCUCUCUGUGAGGAGUCCGUCUGUAGCCCGUUCGUUAAGAAAGUCUUUGAACGCUACCAUUGCCGGACCAGGAACUGUGGUCCCCUCAACCUGACCAUGGCGUCCGAGUCAUGCCAGCAGAAGGAGCACAGGGCCAUUAAAUCCGUCCGGGUGCGUCAGCUGGAGACCCUGAGACCCCUCGCUGAGGACCCUCGUCUGGAUAUCAAGUUCAUCCAGCUGGUGAGGGACCCCAGGGCGGUUCUGGCCUCCCGCAUGGUGGCCUUCUCCGCCAAGUACAACAACUGGAAGAAGUGGGCCGUGGACGGAGACGUGCCCAUUGACGACGACGAGGUGAGGAAGCUGAAAGGGAACUGCGACAAUAUCAGGAUGUCUGCGGAGGUUGGCCUGAGGCAGCCGUCGUGGCUGAGGCGGAGGUACAUGCUAGUACGGUACGAGGAUAUCGCUAGAUUCCCUAUGAGGAAGGCAGCGGAGAUGUACAAGUUUACCGGGAUCCCGUUCACUCCUCAGGUGAAAGACUGGGUGUUAAAGAACACCCAGGCUUCCAAUGAGGCUAGUGGAGUGUAUUCAACACAGAAGAACUCCUCCGAGCAAGUAGAGAAAUGGAGGUUCAGCAUACCGUACAAACUAGCCCAGGUGGUGCAGAGGGUUUGUGGACCCACGAUGAAACUGUUUGGGUACAGGUUUGUGAACAGUGAGGCCAUGCUGACGGACAAGUCUAUCAGUUUGAUCGAAGAAAAGAUUUUCAUACAAAACUUUUCAUAGACAUUUUAUAGUAACUCUGAACUCUGCUCAUCAGACAAAGUGGACAAACAGAUACGAUUAUGAAGUGAUAGUUGUGAGGAUAUUUAUUGGGGACUGUACUAGUAUACCACAGAGUAAUGUAUAAGACCCUUUAUAGAUAUAUAUUAAAUGAUAACAUGUUGCACUCCAGGGUGUAGAAGGAAAUACACAUUUUUGUGUGUAAUAACAAUAAAUGAAUACAAAAACGAGUACUACCUUUUAACUUUUUACAGGGACAUUUAACAAAAGAAAACCCUUGUUAUAUGAGUACUACAUGGUAGAAAAUCCUUGUUAUAUGAGUAAUACGGUGGUAGAAAACAAUUGUUAUAUGAGUACUACAUGGUAGAAAAGUUGUUUGUUAUGCACCUUUGCCACCUUCUCUCCCCAACUAAUUCAAGCUUUUUAAAUCUGGUUGUAGGGUGGCCAAGCUUGAGUCCUUGAACAGUUUCCCUGUUGAAGUGUAUUUUUGUUCUGUCAAGCAAGCCACGGGUUAAUAACAGUAGCUGAUUUUGAACUGAGCUGUAGACAAGGGAGUUAAAUGAAUGGCUUGCUCUGUGUGUGUGGAUAGCAAGAUACUAGCAGGACAUUCCAAUGUUUUGGUCUUGUAUUUUCUAUAGCGUUUACCUAUAAAGAAGGGAUGUUCUUUCAUGUUAAUUUAAUAUAUUAUUUUAUUUGUAUUGAGAUUGAGAGAUUAUGGCUAUGGCUUUUGCACAUGCUACAUAGAUGGAUAGUUUUAUCCUCGCUAACUGAUGGGACCCCUUACUUCCAGACCUGGGUUCAAAUAGUAGUAGAAAUCUUUCAUACGGUUUUAGCAUUUGCCAGGAGUGCCAUAUGGGUGGGGUUUGCUGUUUUGAGAUUAUUGUAUUGGUUAAUAACACCAGCUAAAGUAUUUGAAAUGAUUUUGAAUACUAUUUGAACCCAGGUCUGCUUCAUGAACACAUCGGCUAGGUGAGUGAGUAUCUGUACAUGCAUGUUACUGUUUUAGUUUUAAUUGGCUGUUAGUGCUUCACGUCGUGGAAGUCGAUGGUGAGCGUAGCGACUCAUUCUGUAAAAACAGAUGUCUUCAGUGGUCCUGUAUGUACAGACAUUGUGUAUCCCAAAAGGCACCCUGUUCUCCAUAAUGCACCAUAGGGAAUAGACACAUACAUUCCUCCUGCAGCUGGUUUGCAGAAUUGCGUGAGGUUUAUCAGCAGCUUUCUGUCCUUUGACACAAGUCUCCUGGCUGGUGAUGAUGGACGAGAAGAGGACCAGGGGACUAAAAGACUGGGUGUACAUUCCAAAUGGCAUCCUAUUCCGUAUAUAGUGCACUAUUUUUGACCACUACCCCAUAGGGCUCUGGUCAAAGGUAGUGCACUAUGUAGGGAAUAGGUUGCCCUUUGGGAGGCAUUAUGGUUUUGUCUAUAUGUAUGCCUAUGCCUUUUCUCAUUCUGGUGUUAAGUUAAAUCCUUUGCUUUUCUUUUCUGUGGAAUUCACUAUUGUUGUGUGUGGUUGUUUGGCCUUUUACUGUACAAGUAAAUUGAAUACUGACAAGUCUA